GGGCUCGGCAGAAACCCCUAGUCUCUCUGGUCCGGCACCCCGGGUCCGCUCCGAGUCUCGCGAGAGUCUUAGGGGCUAUAAAAGCAGCGCCCCACGUGCCUUAGGCGUCUUCCUGCCCUGCGUGUGCUGUCUGGAGACCUGCGGAUCGGGCCUGCUAAAAGCAAGAUGUCUUCAGGAACUGCCAAAAUUGGGCAUCCUGCCCCCAACUUCAAAGCCACAGCCGUUAUGCCAGAUGGUCAAUUCAGAGAUAUCAGUCUAAGUGAAUACAGAGGAAAAUAUGUUGUGUUCUUCUUUUACCCUCUUGACUUCACUUUUGUGUGCCCCACUGAGAUCAUUGCUUUCAGCGAUAGGGCAGAAGAAUUUAAGAAACUCAACUGCCAAGUGAUUGGUGCGUCUGUGGACUCUCACUUCUGUCAUCUGGCAUGGAUCAACACACCCAAGAAACAAGGAGGACUGGGACCCAUGAACAUUCCCUUGGUAUCAGAUCCCAAGCGCACCAUUGCUCAGGAUUAUGGGGUCUUAAAAGCUGAUGAAGGUAUCUCCUUCAGGGGCCUCUUUAUUAUUGAUGACAAAGGUAUCCUUCGACAGAUCACUAUAAAUGACCUUCCUGUUGGCCGCUCUGUGGAUGAGAUUCUGAGACUAGUUCAGGCCUUCCAGUUCACUGACAAACAUGGAGAGGUGUGCCCAGCUGGCUGGAAACCUGGCAGUGAUACCAUCAAGCCUGAUGUCCAAAAGAGCAAAGAAUAUUUCUCCAAGCAGAAGUGAUCACUGGGCCAUUUUCAUGUUGGGCUAUAUUGGGGAGCCGGGAGAAGGAAAUCUCUUUUGUACUUAUUCAUGCCUUUAAACACAAGAUAGGUUGUAGUUUAAGACAUGUCUUUCCUACAGGAGUGGGGGAGGUUAGCCUUUCUUUCACUGGUAGGGCUGGCCUGAGCUAUGUUGUAGCAGAUCAUCUAAUGUACUAGUAGCCAGACAUCAGCCUGUUGUUCUUUUGUAGUAUCUAUUAAACUUGAACUGAGACCUU